CACAAAGACAUCGCUUCAUCAUGAGGUCUUUCUUCUUACUGCUCUUCUCGCUGUUGUUGGUGUCCCACGGAUCUUCAGCCGUAAUCACAGGGGCCUGUGAAAGGGACUCCCAGUGUGGAGGAGGGAUGUGCUGUGCAGUGAGUUUGUGGAUUCGCAGCCUGCGUAUGUGUACGCCCAUGGGACAGGAAGGAGAGGACUGUCAUCCUCUGAGCCACAAGGUUCCCUUCUUUGGCAAAAGGCUUCAUCAUACCUGCCCCUGUUUGCCGAACCUGUCAUGUAUUACCAUCGUGGAAGGCAAAUCCAAAUGUCUCUCACCCUACAAGUAUCCUGACUUCUACCUCUGA